AUGAUUCUAGGAAAUCUACCCCCUGGACAUCCACCCCAGGACACAUCCACCACCCGGACAUCCAUCCCCCGGACAUCUACCCCCGGACAUUUACCCCCCGGAAUCUACCCCCUGGACAUCCACCCCAGGACACAUCCACCACCCGGACAUCCAUCCCCCGGACAUCUACCCCCGGACAUUUACCCUCCGGAAUCUACCCCCCGGACAUCUACCUUCCGGACAUUGACCCCCGGACAUCUACCCCCGGACAUCUACCCCACGGACAUCUACCCUCCGGACAUCUACCCCCCCGGACAUCUACCCCCCGGACAUCUACCCCCAGACAUCUACCCCCUGGACAUCUACCCCCUGGACAUUUACCCCACCCCGGACAUCUACCCCCGGGCAUCUACUCCCGGAUAUCUACCCCCGGACAUCUACAUGUACCGGACAAAGGACGGAAAGGAGUAA